AGGAGGAGGAGGAGGGGGGGGGGCGGCUCUCGAAGGAGGCGGCCGUCGGGCAGGCAGGGCAGGCGACAGCCCAGCACCAUGAAGUUCCAGUACAAGGAAGACCACCCGUUCGAGUACAGGAAAAAAGAAGGGGAGAAAAUCAGGAAGAAAUACCCCGACAGAGUCCCUGUAAUUGUGGAAAAAGCACCAAAAGCCAGAGUACCUGACCUAGACAAAAGGAAGUAUCUUGUGCCUUCUGACCUCACAGUUGGCCAAUUCUACUUCUUAAUCCGAAAACGGAUCCACCUGAGGCCAGAAGAUGCCCUCUUCUUCUUUGUCAAUAAUACCAUCCCUCCCACCAGUGCUACAAUGGGCCAGCUGUAUGAGGAUAACCACGAGGAGGACUAUUUUCUCUAUGUGGCCUACAGCGAUGAGAGUGUCUAUGGCAAGUGAGCACCAGCCCCUCAGGCAUGCAGGCGAGAUGGACUUUGGGGGGGGGGGGAAUGUUGGAGAGGAGGAAGGAUGCCUGAGAAGAGGGGAAGAGAGCUGGAAGUGAACCACAUGCACAAUGCCAUCACCUUCCAUGCAUUAAUUAUAACAAUUAUUUUUUAAAUUGAGGGGAGGGAGGGUAGGGGAACAGUGUAUAAGAGGGUGAACUGAAAGGCUAAUGAGGGGUUCUGCGUUGAAGGAUGGGGAGACUCCACUGUUCAUAGUUCUUCUCUUGCCACAGCUGGAGGUAGUUAGCCGGUACUGGAGGCUGCUAGACAAGCCAGUGUGGUAGAGCUCCAGGAGAGCGACUGGGCAGGAUGGCCAUUUUUGUGUCACCCUUUCACUGGCUGAAGGCAUGCCAUGGAUUGCACACUGACCUUGUCAAGCCUUGCCCAUGGCGUGGGCUGCACUCCCGUGAACAUUCAGUGACCUGUGAAAUACUUCACUCUGGCUGUCACACAAGGCUGUCCUGGGCUGACAGUCCUCACUCCAACUGCUACCUGUGAAGUGUUCCAAGAGUAUUGUGUUUUCCAUUAUUUCCAUCAGUAUUAGAAGGGCUUACACUGAGAGCUGGGAACUCCUCAGCUGUGAGAGGUUGGGGAAGAGAAGGAGGGAUUUAUUUUUUUUCCCUUUGUUGCUUUAAUCGCAAGUGCUGGACAGAAAAAUUAGAGAUGACCCUUUCGUUCUUUUCAUUGAAGUCAACCAGUAAACUUGUAAGCACAGGGCUAGAAGGGACCUCAAGAGAAUGGCUAGCCCACUUCAGCUCUGAGGCAGGACUGAGUAUACCAAACAUGUCCACCAUGGCUGCUCAUCAAAUUUGUUCUUGGUGAACUUCACUGAGGCCAUUCCUGGAGGCUGCUGAGAUCGUCUGUUCCGUUCCUAGCUCCUACAAGUGAGAGAGCUUUUCUUGCUACCUAACUUUAUUCUCCCCUGCUGUGCAUUAAGGCAACUAACUACUAAUGGUCUUGUUAUUGGUGAACACAGAAAAUAACCUGUCAGUGUUGACCCUGUACCAGUCCUCUGCAGAUUUGAAGAUGGCAGAAGUCCUGUGGGUUUAGCCUUUCCUUCUGUGUCCCAUCCCUGUACAGCCCUUGUACCACAUGCACAAGCGGAAGAAAUCAGUCGCUCCCACAUGUGUUUUGCUGGCUUUUUGUGAUCAGACAACAGUGCCCCUCUUCGCCACAAGAGAGGUGCUUUUAGACCCAAAGAGGAAGGGGAAUAGAUUCUCUCUAGGCUUUUUAAAAAAUUAUUUUACUUUAAGCCAGUGUUGUUCUUAGGAAGGUGCCAGAUAGAUGCUGUCCUGUGCAAGCCUUACGCUGUCAUGCCAGAGGAGCUUCUUCCCAGUGGCAGAAACAGCAGAUUUUUCCAUAGCUGCUGUAACUCUGAUGAAGAGAUGGAGUUUGGCCUGACUUUCAGGAAAAUUCUGGGGUUUUAUCUAAAAAUGGGAGAACUGGACCUGAAACAUUCCUACAUUUAAGAGAGGGACCAAGAGGGAGGAAAAGACAAGAAGGAUGAAGACAUGCAGAUUCCAAUGUAGGUUGGAAGGUGUUUGCUCUGUUUACAUGAAGUUAGAUCCCAGUUCUCUGCGUUCCUCAGGAAUGAGAAAGCAAGAUGAGUGCUCCUCUGUGGAAGACAGGAAAUCAUGUUUCAGCCUUCUCUGACUGUUGUUCCACAGAGGUACGCGAGGCAGAAGAACAGUCUGGGAGUGUGAAGCGGGAGCCACUGGAAGAACUGUGUGAAGGUCAGGGAAGGCGGUGUAGUGGGGCAGGAGGGUCACUGCCCGUGAGGUAUGGGAAGUAGCAGAAGAAUGGGAGAGAAGGGAGGGACUGCAAGUGGUGUAGACAGAGCAGUUGUAAUGGGCAGACAGAAACUGGGGGAACAAAGGAUGAAAUGGUUUUUUCAUCCUGAACUUCAUGUUUGCUGUUCCAUCAUGUGUUCAUCUGAAAUAGAUGCGUUUGGGUGAGUUGUACAUACUGCUAACUGAGGUAACUUCAAUUUCUGCCUACAGUGCUCAGUCCUCUCUUUUUGGCCCACACUCCUCCAAUUACCGGGCAUUUUUCACAUCCUUUGGGUGCAAAUCCGCAUCAGUCUCUUGUUUUAGGAAGCUCUGAAUGUUCCGAAGCAGAGAACAGACCCAGAAGGCUUUCUAGAGUAAAAGACAAGAUGCAGGCAGAUGGCAUGCAUCUCUCUGCCACUGUCCCACUUGCUCACGCACGUGCUGCCAAGCACGUUUUUGUGUGUUGUCUCAGAUGAGCCCAUGCUUAGGCACAUUGACAUGAGAAAGAGUUGGCAUCUGGGGUGCUUGGUUUUGUGUUCAGACCUCCCCUCCCGCUGCUGGGUUGAUAAGUGACAUGUGUGGGACUAAUCUCAGCUGUUUGUUACAUGUAGAGUUUAUGGUUUAAUUUAGUUAUUUUACGGUUCUUUUAACUGGAUUGUGGCAUUUACUUCUGUUUUUGCGCUAGUCUGGUAUUGUACAAGGUAAUGAUGGUAAUUUUUUUUUGUGUUGGUUAGCUGCAGGUUCUUGUAAAAUAAAGUUCAUACUACUUGAGCUAAAUCAACCAAUCAAUAAAGAUGCAUUUGAAAAUCA